AUGGAUUCCUUAAGAACUUCAUCAAUAAAGACGGCCCUACAACAUAUGUCUGAGGCAGUGUUCAUAGGACUGUGUGUUAAACUUGGGACCUCACAACAGGUGGCCAUGAGAAGAGAUGUGGUUGACAUCAGGGAUAUGGUGGGUAAUCAAAUGAAAACAAGUGAUGAGGAAAGUAGGAUGUGGAGUGGAAGUUACAAAGAAGGAUUCAGAUUGAAAGGAUCAGAUAUAGACGUGAUGUCUUGGGCAAAUAAUCACCGUGUGAUCUGGGAAUUAUCUCAGUCUCAGUAUUACAACACACACAGACAAACACUGAUCCUCUGUGACUGUUCUGAUAGUCCACCAGGAUUCACUAUGUUAUAUUUACUGUCACCAAGCAUGUAUCAAGUAAUCCAGGGAGCUUGUGUUAGAAUGAAUAACAGGCUAUAUAUCUCCAGUUCAGAAUCAAGAAAGAUUCAGUGUUCUGCAAUUUUACCAGACUCAAUUCCUCAUGGACCAUGUGCCACUGGAGUUCUUCCAGGAAGGACAGAGUAUGAUUUUGCCCAUUGUUUUGCUAGUGACUUUUGGCCUCCAUCUGCCUCCUCAUGGAUAGACAGAUGUCACUCAUGGCCCCAGCUUUAUAUUGUUGAUGAUAUAGUAAAAAAAGGAUGUCAUUUUGUAGCAAUUGGACAUAAGCUUGGACGUCUCGAAGACCAUGAAUGGAGAAUUUCUUUCUCUUUUGCAGAACAUAAACUUGUGUGUGCUAUGAAUCACUGUCAAUUCUUAACUUAUGGCCUUCUUAAAUUGUUCUUAACGGAAAUAUUUAACAUUGGACUAAGUGCUGGUGAUAAAUUACUGUGUUCCUAUCACAUGAAGACAGCAAUUUUCUGGGUGAUUCAACAGAAUACAUUACAACACUGGUGUCCACAAACUCUCCUGGAAUGUUUCUGGGUUUGUUUUAAACAAGUCCUUAAGUGGGUGUAUGAGGGGGUCUGUCCUAACUUUUUCAUUCCCCAAAAUAACAUGUUUCUGAAUAAAGUCCAUGGUGAAGCACAACAUCAGCUAUCUAUAAGACUGUAUGGGUUGUAUGAGAAAGGUUUAACAUUCCUUCUACACAGUCCCUCCAUUAGGUCUUAUAUUAUAAAUGUCCUUCACAACCCCCACCUCUCCAUCUGUACAAAUGAACAUACUCUGAUUUCUGAAACCAAGUUUGAUUUUGAGCUGUUUCAAGAGAUAUACUUAUGUGACACACUUGACACAUCAAGCAUACAAACCUGUAUGAGAUGUCUAUAUACAAUAGAACAGAUGAUAGACUCACCCCUCCUAACACAGUAUCAAGUCAUAAUGUUACAGAAACUUACAGCUAAUGUCCUUCAGAGCACUGCUUUUAUAUUAUACAUGGAAACUUACACAUAUAAAAACAAACUGAGGUAUAGAGCUGACAAAAUCUCCUGUCACAUGCUGAAAUUAACAGCAAAGUUCGGUUGUUUUACUGACAUGAUGUACAUGGCCAUGUAUUAUUACAAGACACGUAGAUACAUGCAAGCUUUAUCUAUUAUAGAGAUGAUCGAGCUCAAGUUAGCACAACCAUAUGUAAUGUAUAGGUCUUACUCUUAUGUAUAUACAGAGAUGUGUAGUGAGGCUGUAGGUGGACAGUCCUGGUCAACAAAGAUGAGACAGGCUGUAGCAUGGAAUAUCAAACUUAUCAAUAGAAUCCAUUACAUCAGUGAAUUGAUACCAGAACAACAGUCUGCUCAACAGAACAACUGGCCAGCAUUAUAUGUCCCACCAUUUGUAACGUUAUACAUGCUUGAGAUAUUUUGCUACAGACAUAUAGACACAACGAGAGCACAAACAGUUCUAAAUGAUCUACAGACCCUAGUUCACUAUGAUCAGGGACAGUUUAUGGAUUCAGGUGACAGAGACAUAUCGUGGCAGAUUCUGGGGAUCUGUCAACAGGUGACAGGGAACCUCCAGGCUGCUUUAUACUCAUACCAACAAUCUCUCAGACAAGAACCGUACAACAGAAUUCAAACAGCUACAGAAAUGAGAGGAAAAGAAGCUAGUUUGUCAUAGAUCACCAAAUUAGUGAAAGAUAAUCUACAUUUUAGAAGCCCAUGUGAUAGAAUUUAUAAUUUGUAUACUUCUUCUCAUUCUACCCAAUUUUCUGAAUGGUCAUUUAAUUUAU